AUACAUCCUCUGAGAACCAAAAGGAAGCAAGUAAUUAAUGAAUCUAAAGGCACCCCAAAGAAUACCCACGUCCAAAUCACAUCCCACCCACUGCCCUAUAAAAAGCCCUGGGUUUGUGCAUUUUCAGGCAUCGAGUUACCAGUAAAACAAGUGAGGGUUUCUUCUAUUUGUGUCAGUGUGUGUGUGUUGUGCUCGUGAGGCAAUGGAAGGAGGAGGAGCCAUCCCGGCGGGUGCGGGCAAGGCGGCCUAUGGCGAUGGGAUGCACAAGAGUCCACUUCAUCCACAGCCACAGCCCACCGUCGACGCCCGCCUGGCCGAUGCUGAACAAGAGCCAUGUGGGACUGUAAUAGUUCCUCAAAUCAUCAUAGUUAAAGGUGGACAGGAUGUGGCAAUGGAAGUCAAGUCGUAUGGUGGGAAUGGUUGGGCAGUUUUUAUCAUGUCUGCCGAGGGCGCCGUAUCCAAUGUGACACUGCAUCAACCAGCUUCUCCGCUUGAAACAGUUAUGCAUAAGGGUUGUUUUGACAUUGUCUCCAUGACCGGCUCGUAUCUGCCGUCAAAAACUGAUGGAGUGAGCUCUCUAAAGGGUGGGUUCGCCAUUUCGCUUGUCGGUGCUGAUGGCCGCAUCUUCGGCGGUGGGUUAGCAGGACCUCUGAUUGCAGCAUCAUCUGUUCAGGUGAUCAUUGGAAGGUUUGCAGCUGAUGAAAAAGAGGACAUCAAGCAGGAUGUGGCCAGUGGAACUGAACCGAGUGAUUCUCCGAAUGGAUCCUCAAGUGGUCCAGGAAGCCCAUCAAACUAGAGUGCUUUGGCACAUUCAACUCCAGCUUCCUAUUUCCAGAUGCCGGUCAGCUUAAUAUUCCUAGUUUUUCGUUCCUACUAUUUCCAGACGCUUAGCUUUCUGCUCGUACUUGUUGAACUUUUCAGUCUCUUUAUAUGAUGUAUGGCCCCUGGAUGUGGUCAAGUUAUGUUUUUAUACCUGGAUGAUGCUUCGUGAUAUUACAGUUAUGAAAUGUUUCAUGGUCAUAUCUGAUGAGUAUCAGUUCUGAAAUGC